AUGAGCAAGAGCUCUCCUCAUUUMGGUGCCCCUUAUUCAAAGGAGGACAUUUUGCAAAGCAUGAGUCGGCCCUCGUCGGAGACUUGGAUGGGUCUUGCAACUUCGAUGUGGAUUCGCCAAGCGCUCAAAGACCUCCCGGAAGAAGGUUCGAGCCGAGCAGAAAUGCAGAGAUUACUUGAAGAGAGCGAAAGGUUUUCGCCCAAAGUCCCCAACUCUGAGGCCGCAUAUAAUCUUACCAGGAAGGACUCGUGCGUUGAUGACGAUGUCGCAACCAAGGGAAUGUGUGAGCCUGCCCAAGAUCAUGCGAGCCUGUCCCGGGAUGUAUCUUCAGCGCAAACGAAACAUGCUGCGUUGCUUACCAUACCCUCCCACCACCCCAACAAGAACUCCGUUGAUGACGAUUUGGACGAGACUGCAAUGUUCAAGUUCGAUUUGCGCGGAACCACCGGCUGUCAUGAAUUCAAGCUUUGGAUGGACGAAGCUCCAGAUUGGUUGAAUCCGGUUCGUUCAAUCGAGUUUCUUCACCAAACAUGGAUCUACACGGAGGAUACUGCGACAUGGUCCGCCAUCAACGACAGGAGCACCUUUUCCCUCUUGUCCGACGGGAGAAUCCAGAUCAGGCGGCAUGAAAGUCUGAGCGAAGGCGAGAAAUGUCAUUGUGAUGAUGAACCCGAACAGGACGACGACGAAACGAACUACAAAGUUCCAUAUACCGUGGCCGACUUUGCCCGAUCUAUCGCUCAAGAUGACUCGGAGCUUCUUCGCUGCGCUUCUGAGUUCGUGGUAUCCCGUGAAUGGGACGGGCAAAAAUACGAGGCCAUUCUUUGUGAGAAAUGUAGGAUGUCUCUGUUCUAUGUCCGAAGCUCUCGAGAACGAGAAAUUAAGCAGGUACCGGCGCCCAUGGCAUGCUUACCUUCUGAACCUCCCCAAAUCCCGCCUAAAUCAUCGGUCAGAGGCUCGAGAAAAUUCUCAUGGAGUAACAGUGAAACACUCCAUUUCGAGCAACCGCUUGACCACCAGCCUGGCUCUCCGACACCAAGCACGCAUGAUGAUACUUGGUUAGUGCCGUUGAAAACGAGUAAUGAUACUUGGCUUCUGCCAUUGGAAGUGGCCUUUCCUUCGCCCAUAACGACCCCGGUUACCUCUUCUCCGUCUCUGGCGUCUCCGCAAACGGUUCCGCAUUCAAUCCCGUACGAAGCACUUCCUGCUCCCCCAUCUAACAUCCCAGAGGAGAAACCAAUCAGCGAAGAUGUCACCGCGUCACCAUCGCCUCAGGGACGGAAGAGCCUCAAAAAGUCGGAAAGGACUCUGGCCAAUCGACUCUCCAAGGGCUUGUCGAUGAAAUUCUCAAGCCGGAACUCGGGAGGGAGGGGCAGCGAUGGCUUGAAUGAUGAAGAGGGCGAGCCAGUGCCAGCCCGGGUUUCUAAGCGAAACUCAGGCAUGUCUUUUGCUUCGUUUGCUUCCUCGGCACGGACCAGUGGUAGUAAAAGGUCCAUUGGAGCGAAAUUUCUUGCCGGGUUGACGGGGAGUAAGACUCCAGCUUGA